AAGCGGGCUUGGGUGUUUCAACGUGAGAAUGUUUACGUGCACGAAAGUUCAUACGUAAGGGUUAAGUUUGUAUAUCUUGUUAUAGGAGUUGACACAGUUGUUUCUCAAUGUGCCAUCUCAUCGCUGGCUUUAAACGUAUGGAAUGGGUAGUCAGAUCGCGCUGAAGCUUCGUACGAAACUACAAGCGUUAUUUUUUAAACUGGGAUGUUUCUCACAGCGCCACUCUUGGGCAGUUCUCGCCGUCGGCUUUUUUAUUCUUAUAGGAUUUUCUGUUGGUCUCAUAAAAGCAAAAAUCGAGACAGAUGUGGAGAAAUUGUGGGUAGAAGGUGAGUGAUUUGACGAACUAUGUCUAUGUUGCCGCCUUACAGCAGUUUCAGGCACGGUCGGAGUAGGUUGUUCGCCGGGAGUCGAAAGAUGAGAUUUAUAAAACUUUGGUUUGAAUAUUUGUAGCUUUGGCUGCAAACCUUUGAGGUAGAAUAAAAAUAUAAUACUCCUUUUCCUUUACGUAAAGAGAUCUUGUGGAUGAGUACGUGAUGAUAUUGUUGAUCUGACAGUACAGAUGCACAUGUGCAUAGCUUACCCUCAUGAGCUCAACCUGCCACUAGGAAAAUUUGGUUUGCCGAUUUUCAAGUUUAAGUGGUUUAACUGUUGAUUUAGGAAAUCUGAGUGAUGGAGGAAACUUUCUUGUUUAAUAACUACUGAAAUGGCGAAAGAGUUGCUUUAGAUUCAAUCUGUAACAGAUCAAAUACAUUUCCAUUUGUCCAAACCGGCGAAGGUCACGAUACUACUACACAGGCUGACUACUACGCUACUACUGAGGUUCAAACAGACGGAUCGGUCAAUCUUUAAUAGGGAAAACUGAACUUUUUUAAAUAUUUAAAAAUUUAUUUAUUCACACUUUUCUCAUUUAUUCACCAAACAAUUUCACGGCAAGAUGAAAAGAAACGAUCCAUUUCAAAAGUAUUGAUGUAAAUAUCAGCCAGUGGAUGUUUUGUGCGCACCGGAAGUGAUAAUCAUGCAUACAAAUGAAACAUUCGGUGUGGCGUGAUCUGACAUCAGACUAUAUGUAGCAUGAGGCAGCUGGUAUAAAACUCCAAUAGAGAAAAUAUUGUCUUUCAUUUCAGAAAUUCCUUUUUGUUUCUAAUUACAUGGAAAGUGGCACCUUCAGCAGAGGAGGAAUGGAUAAGCAAAUCCCGUGACGUAAUUGUUCCGAAUCAUGUAAUACAAUCACGUCACUUACGCUUCAUUUUUUUUUCAUUAGAUUGAUUCGUCUUGCAAAAAACAUUGAUUACGCAACAUGGGUAGAAAAAUUGGCUCUAAUGUGAGAGUGUUUUUUAAAAACAUCAAAAUUGUCGGUGUAAAGAAAGAGGAAGGAACAUUUAAUUACGUUUGAGUUUGUAUACAUGUUGUUAACUUACGAUUAGAGACCCAAUAUUAUAGAUCAUUAUAUAGGUCGGAAGAAGUAAGUGUUUUCCAGUCCAAAGUAAUUUGGCUUUUAUCUCAAUCUGCCUUUACAAAGUUAUUGUUCUUAAAACUUGCAGGGAGCGAAACGUUUGCAGCCUGCACGCAGAAUAGCCCAAGCGUCGGCGAUGAUGCAGAAGGCGUCAGGGGUUGGGGGGGGGGGGGGGGGGGGGGGGGGGGGGNAGGGGGUGUGGGGCGUUGGGGGCUUGUUGGCUGUGAGGCCGGAUUAUAGCCAUGCACAGUUUCGGUACAUUUUUGCUAAUUUCAAAAGCUAAUAAAUAUAAUUUAGAUAAAGGGAGCACGUCACGCGAAAUUUUUAAUUGAUGGGGCAAAACUAGUAAUACACAAUUUUGACACUCCUGACUACAAAAAGUUUUGCACGCCCGUUUCUGACGUUUCUCCAGAGGCCCGGUAGCUUUUCAGGCCCGGAGGUAAUUUAAAUUUAGCACAGUUCCUAGCAGAGAAACCAGUCAACUGAUAGUUUCAUUGUAUCGUUUCCAAAAUUAUUGAAGCUUUGAUCUUGAAUGCAAACACGUCAAACAUAAAACAGCUUUCCGGACCCGAAAAGUAAUCGCGACUUUCUAGAAACGGGCCUUUCGAAAGGCGUAACGCGUUUCUCAGUUUCGUAUCGGCUUCUCUGCUCACGGCAGACUAAACUGUUCUCACAGAAAGGCCGCGGACCACUCCCAAUUUUGCUUGCAUCAUAGUCCCAAUUCUCCAAACAACGAGACAACAACAACAGAACCAUUCCCACGGUUCCAGAGUAAUAAAACCACGGACGAAAACAAAAUCACGAAAAAAAUUUGUUUUAUUUGACUAGGACCUACGUAAAUGGUUUUGGAGUGUUAAGAGCGUUACUCAUGCUUGUUUUGUUUUCUUUUGUUUUCUUUCGUUUAGUUGACGGACGACUGGAAAAGGAAUUGCAAUACACGAAAGACGUAGUCGGUGAAGGAAGUGGUACCACCAACGAACUCUUAAUUCAUAAAUCUAAUUCUGGACUUGGGAACAUCUUGUCUGUAGGAUUAUUACAGCAACACUUGGAAAAAGUACAGAAAGCUAUUGAAGUCAAGGUUACACUGUACAACAAGUAAGAUAACCAGCCGUACAUGACGUGUUUUAAUAACCCCAUUUGUACCUGAAGAAUUCCAUAAUUAAUUAUAAUUACGUCAUUUAUUCCUGUGAAAAUUAUAGAGAUGAAAUGUACUAUAAAUAUAUUAUUUAAAUUAUAUUUAUUAUUAUUCAUUCAGAAUAUUUCUUAGUUUUUAAUUGGCUUAUUCUUCAUAACCAGAUAACGCUGACCAAAUUUGGGAGAUAUCUUUUUUUAAAAUCUACUGUUGAUGUACGAUUGACCUCAAUCGUCAUGUUAUCGACUUUAAAGGGGCGCACAGACGUCAGGCAAAGAAGCGGCUCGGUGGCUCCGCUGUUCUCGCAUUGCAGAGCUGGAGAAACUGGAAGUUUUCACACGUUUCGCGAAUACGAAGUAGCCGAGUUACCGCCUGCAAAACAUAGUUAGCGAGAUCGACAAAAAUAUAACUCGACGGAUGAUAACUGCCUCAGGAGGGCAAGCUCUACAGGACUAAAAAGGAGUUUUCCCUAUUUCUUCAUCCACCCCCGCACCCCCGGAAGCCCUGGGAGAGCUUGCAGAAAGGUAAUUGGCUCCUGAAAUCCCAUUAUAUUCUGUAACUGUCGAGAAAACAGGCAAUUUUUUCAGCGCAUAUUAAACAUCCAUCUCCAUCUGCAUAAUUAGCAAUUAAUGGAUGAGGCUGAGUAUAAUCUGAAGAACUAUGCACAUUGAGGAGGGUGUUUUCGGCCGAAUACAGUAAUUGUUUUAUUAUUCAUGCAAAAUAUAAAUUACUAUUCAUACAUUGAUACAUGCUUACCUUGGUCGAUGUUCAGUUGAACCGGUCUUCAUUUAUCCGAUGCAGAAAUUAUUCGCCAUUUUCUCCAGCUUUACCUAAACAACUGAGCUGACGCAAUCUCGUCCCCAGACCUUCUCGGAUGCCGUCCCUUUCUUCUGGCGAUAUCCUCUACUAUUGACGUCAUUUUACCGGAUAUUCGCAAACGUCUACAAAAUCCGGUCAAGAAGAAUUAGCCGGGGGAUUUGAGCCGAUCAGAAACGGAGAAUUAUUUGAAUGAAUAACAGUUCUUUCCGUGGUACUCAACUUCAAUCAAUAAUUGUUAAUCACCUUUCUUUCUAUCCCAGAACCUGGACUCAUACAGACUUGUGUUACGUCCCGGAAGUUCCGUCUUUCAAUAAUUCGUUAGUAGAUGGGGUAAGUGGAAUUAAGGAAAUGUAACGACCCCUUGACAAAGUUUAUACGGAGAGGUUCUGUCCCGAGGUUCAACCCCUUACCCUUUGAUAUACCAUUCCUUCUAUUGACCAAUGGUACCCGUUUCACAUAGCUAGUUUUACUUCUUGGUAGUGACGUGUCAUGAGUGGUAAGCACAUGUUUCCAUAUCUCAAACCGCCCUCUCCCUUUUCACUUACGUUACAUGAAAUUUCUAAGUUUCUUGACUCAGAGACUUAGUUUCUGCUCAGCAAAUGUCGUCAAAGUGCAAGUCUCUUUAAUUUUAAAGGAAAAAAAAAAUUUUCUAGUCACGAGCAGGAUUCGAUUCCGGAGUGCUAAAUCUGUAGUCUCAUGCCCAAACCACUAGACCACCGAGGAUUCGCUGCUUCAAAGCGAGGUUAAGGGCAAAGCCAUUGAUUUAUCAUUAGAAAGUUUUGCACUUGGCCUCGGUUUAAAGGUAAGGGUUUUUGGAUUCGGAAACGGUCUCAGUAUAUGAUAAAGUUACAGUAGAACCCCGGUAACUUAAACUCUGAAGGGAAAUUAACGAAAAACAGUUCGAGUUAGCGGGGAAUUCGAGUUAUCGAGGUUCUACGGUAAACGUAACAGGUGGGCGACAGACUUUUAUCAAAUUCCCAGAUAAAUUAAUCAAACUUCUCCUUUUUUUCUGCAGGUUGUUUCAUCCAUCGUACCAUGUUUAAUAAUUUCUCCACUCGAUUGUUUCUGGGAUGGAGCCAAACUACUGAAGCUCAGAGGGUCUUUACCGGAUGAAAUUAAGUACGAAACCUGUCAGGAUUUGUCUUCGUUUUUAACGUUUUACACAUUUUUUUAUUGUUACGAUGUACUUUCAUCUGUAAGCCUUUGCUCAUGGUAGCUCAAGGUAGCCCUUUGGACGAUGUUUGGCGUUUCAAAAAGCAAUUGUGUGGACUUUUAAGUAUCUUCGAUUUUUUCUCUUUUUAGGCGUUUUUUAAGGGUUAAUCUUGCAUCCUCUGUUACAUUUCACAAAUCGUCCCGCAAAAGAAUUUAAAAUCCUGGAAACUUCACAAACAUAAUACAAACUUUCCACACUGGAAAACUGAAAAGUAAAUUUAAAGAUUACCAAUCGUUUUCGAGUCUUUCUAUUCUUUUCGUGGCUAGUCAAGCCCCCUGUUUGCAGUGGAGGAUUCAGGGGAGGGGCCCGGGGGCCCCGGGGCCCCGGGGUCCCCUUAUUUUUAGAUCAAAAUGAGGCCCGAAGGGGUCAGGAUGACCCCUCCCCCCCUCUUAUCUGAAGGUCUUGAUCCGCCACUGGUUUGUUAGCCUUCAAACUCUCGUAUAUUAUCUAAAUACAAAUUCCCUCUUACAAUCACUCACUCAUAGCCUGCGAAUUCAGCCAUCUCUCCUGUCCUCGCUUCUCCUCAUCGCAAGGGUCUGCGAGGGGCGAAGGGAGACAGCUGUAUUUGCAGGCCAACUAUCUCAAAAUGUUUGAUUAAACAUUUUAGGAGUGUCGCUGGUCUGUUAGAAUGGACUGUCAGCCAUCCCAAACAGCUUCUUGGUCUUUUGCCGUUAUUGGGGGACAUUCAAGGCAUAGACGAAAUUGCAGAGAUGUUCCUGAAGGUUGGUGAUACAUACAACGAAACUAAGCAAAAUGGGUUUAGUGAUAUAAAAAAUUCCGUCACUGAAAAACGAAAGUGGUAGUAGUAUUUUUACUAUAUUUAGUCACUGUUCAUGUCAUUAUUCUAGGAAGUACCCAGCGGAAAAACAAAAUCUAAGGUAUUGUGGUUUGUUACCAACUGGUCCCAGUAUCUUACCUAAUCACCUUGUAAGGUGAUCACCCAGUUCGUGGAUUCAAAAGGAGAUGGUGGUCACAUAAGUGUAGUUCGCGUACCGAGGGAUUUGUAAACAUUGUAAUUUAUUUACUCACGAAGCACUUAGGAGCUCUUAAGAACUCAUUUGAAUGUCUCCGUGCGUUCCAGAUCGAGAGAGUGUAUGCGGUAUUAAUUGUCUGUUUUAUUCGCUGUGUGGUUUCUGCCUCGAUUGAUCAUUGAAGAAGGGCAGGGACCAACUCUAGGUGUCUGUCUUGGAAAAAUGUCCACCUUUUAGAUAGUCAAUAACAAAGGAAGGGACCAACUCUGGGUGUCUGUCUAAAACAGGUGUCCACUUUGUAGAGAGCCUUCAUUGAGGUCUUCGUUGAUAGCUAGCUAACAGGGUUUUCAAGAAGUUGUUGUGAAGGUGGCAAAAGCUUUGGAGUAGGUGGAGAAGGAAAAAACUCGCGGCAAAGGCACGAGUUUCUGGAAAAAGCCGGAGUUUGAAAUCUGGGCCUCUUAGAAUGCAUUUCCAGCAUUCCAGAGCAAAAAUUAGAGUGUUUGAACAAAACACAGACAUCAUUAAAGGGACAUGUUCACGUUUCAGCGCAUGCUCAUUUAUCAAAAUGCUGUUUUGCGAAAAUAGCUGUAAAUUAAUAAACCAUGGAAUAAAACCUUCGGGUCCACAAUACAUUCAACGUUGGUAGUUUUGGCAUAAUCCACUAAUGUUUUCUGCGAUUUUAGUACUCCUCCAUCCUACUUCAGGUCACGCUGAAAUACACUUCUACUUUGAAAUACACUCUGAGAUCGCUGCAGGUCUGCUUAGUAUACUCCUUUGCAUUUUUAACAGGCUGGUAUAGUGAACGGAUAUCAAGACAGGCCGUGUCUGGACCCCACGGAGAAAGGCUGCCCAAGCACCGCUCCUAACUCCCCGACAAAAUUAGGAAAGGUAAAAAAUUAAACGCCCACCUAGACUAGAGUGCUUCGGCAAAUUCUGGUUUCUGUAUUUAAUCCGAAAUUCGCUUUUUUAGAAACGAGAAGUAACCUGGGCCGAGUCAACUUUCGCAAAGACUUCUUGGAUUGUUACUAGGGACCGGGAAAAUAAUGAACAAUAGCUGACCUGCGCAUUGACCUGCGCAUGCCCAGUAAAGAUCCCAGGAACAAUUGUGGGGCACAUUUCGGCUCCAGUCUCCUUCUCAGCCGUUUCUUAAGUGGCGUAUACAAUGAACCCUCUAUAACAUCAUUGGGGACUUCUUAAUUCUAAACCUUUUAGGGGUGUAGAGGGAUUUUUUAAGAGUAAUCCACGGCGACAAAAACUCGUUUCUGGUGUCUUUUUUGAACAUUUGUAAAGGAAAAUCACUGAAAACGAGAUUGACGGUUGCGCGACUUUUUUGUUCGAGCUUUCGUUUUAAUGAAGAACAACAGUCUGUAGUGUACUAGCCGUCAGGUUGCAGUUAAUGUUUAACAACUAUAGCAAAUUCAGAAUCAUACAAAUGUGUUUCAGAGGCACAAUCAGAUUUGCAAGUUCCAUAUGACUUCUUGUUUGGGAGAAUUGCUUGCGUUCAGGUGAGGGUGGGUUAGGGCUAGGGGACUGUUCGUGAUAUACACCUUAAAGAGCAUAAAUCUCCGUUCUUGAAGAAGGAGAGCGUUGAAAAAAGAGAGAUAGGGAGCUUUAAAGAGUGUUUGUAGUUACACUUAGGAAGAGGAAAACUCGCCCUUAACUAAAUAUACCAUAACGCUGUUCAAGAAAUGCGCAUGUUUAACCUUACGUGGAGUUUUGCUUGAAGUAUUACGUAGAGUAUUUGCUUGAAAUGUAACACAGCCAGGUUUUUUAGACCAAGAAAUUAGCUGCUGCAUGUGAUUUAAAUUGCUACUUUUAUAUCUUUUUAUUGUUUGGGUCUGCAGUAAUUGGCUUUAGCUGUUGCGGUGUCCCUGCCCAAAUAUUUAAGUUACUAUUAGUGUAUUCUUAUUACUAGUGUUUGCAUAUCUUGAGUGUUUUUUUUUUAUUCUUCAGGGCAAAGCUAAUAAAAUAAAAUAAAAUAAAAUAAAUAGUUUAUCGUUUUUGUUUGUUAACCGCACGUAGCCAAGAAAAUGACCUUUUAUUUUUGAAGCCACCGAAUGUUACCAAAGAAUUGACUGGAGGAUGUAAAGGCUUUGCAACAGAAUUUAUGCAAUGGGCUGAAGAACUGGUGGUUGGUGGAACAGAAAAAGACAAUAACACUUUGACUAGGUUUGUUGUUUGUCGUCCUUCUUGCUUCCGAGAGCUCAGUCUCCGGUUUUCCCCCUCUCACAGGAGUCCAAAGGUGUGGGGGAUCGAGAGGUAGCGAAAAAGGAGGGACACUUCCCCCCCCCCCCCCCCCCCCCCCCCCCCCCCCCCCCCCCCCCCCCCCCCCCCCCCCCCCCCCCCCCCCCACCCCCCUCCCCCCCCCCCCCCCCCCUCUCCACCCCUCUCUCCUCCUUCGUACUUCACUUGCUCCUUUCAUGUUUUUUUUAUAUGAUUCGAUAGAGCAACUGGGAGUGACAACGAGGACUGGGAGAGGAAAAAACCAAAAAGACUUGUUGAUGUUUUUGUUCUUUGUGCCCUUUCUGUUUCCCGGGCGCCCGUCCUCGCGUUUUCCCCCCACGCAGGGGCCCAAAAGUGGGGGGGAGAAGGGGGGAAGGAAAAAAGAGGGGCCCUUGCCCCCCCCCCCCCCCGCUUGCCUAUGCUCUUCUCUGCGGCUGCCACACAGGCUUUCUCUCCUCAAAAUUCCAGUCCUAGAGCUCCUAGAUGUUUCUCAGGUUAACAGAUUACGUUAGUUUAGAUUUUUAUAGACAGCAUUUGUUCACACGCAAGAGAAAAAAUAAUUUAAAACUGCAACGAGACAACAGCCCCAUCGUUUUUUUCGAAUAUGUUGUAAGUUGAUGAUUUCGCUGUGCGUAUGAGAGAGUAAUCCCAUAAGAAAGCGUUUCCAAGUACGAGUACAUUGCAAUUAUUGCUGAGUAUGCCUGAAUCGGGCUUUCUUUUUUAUUUCAGUGCGAAAGCGUUGCAGACAAUUCUGGUAUUAGCAGGGAAGCAAGACCUACAUAAGCGAUGGGCUGACAGUUCUGAAUAUUUAACUGUAGACUGGACUGAGGAUUCUGCAAACGAAGUUCUGGAAGCGUGGCAAAGAAAGUUUACAGAGGUAUAUACAUUUUUUAAGUGUCAGUAGCAAUUCAUGGGGAUUACAGUCACCACUAGUCACCGCUAUCCAAGGAAGUUCACCGCGUAAAUGGGCACCGGCGCUCUAAUCCUUAUAAUUUGUUUGGCUCUGCGAGCGGGCAAGAUGAAGGAAAUCCUGUGUUUCGAUUGGCUACCCGAGUAAGCACGAUGAACCGAUCAUUGGUUGCUGGCUCGAGACAUUGGGAAAAGCUAGAGAGGCCUGGGAACGAGGCUGGAAUUUUUGGUCUUCGGAGAUCCUUUACUGAACAAGCCUGUUCGGUCAAGGUUGCGUUUUAAAGAACCGAGACAAAAAUGAGCUUCAGAAAGAGGCCAAAAAAUUGGCCAAUAUCCUCCCAUGUUGACGCCACGCGCUUACUUAAUAACGCGUUCGUCUUAGAGAUGUCCCCCUACAAAGAACCAAAGAAAAUUACUGAAAAAAAAAGCAAGAACAACCUCUAUAAAACGUUCUUUUGAGGUAGAUACUUGUCUGUCAUAGGAGAGAUUUAAUGAGUAAUCUUACGAGUAACUUUCGACGAGUAAAAGUCCUAAUUCGCUAUUCGACGUUUUCUUUCAUUGUAGGAAAUCAAUAACGAUGUUCAAGAAACAGAAGAGUUUAGCAUGUUAGCUUUUGAUUCAGCGUCCGUCACGGACCUGUUGAAAGAAUUCUCUCAAACGAGCGCCUCAAGAAUUGCAAUUGGAUACAUGCUCAUGGUAAAUAUCUUCAAACUGUUCUCAGUUUGAAUAAUCUUUUUUUGUCUGUCCUUUGCUUUAUUUGCGUAGCUCGGGGUGGUACAGAGCAGUUCUUGAUAUCGAACUACGAUCAUCUUUUCUCUCAAAUCGCGCGGAUAAAUAAUGUGUACUGCUGAAGGUUACUACGAUCUUUUUUAUCGCAACGUAUGUCACUGAGUCCCCACAAUUUCCUGUAUCUGCGCCAUCUAGCCAAGAGAACAUAUCUAUUGGACUCUUUUUAUCCAUUCGACAAUAUUUCGACAUACUCGAUAAAGAACACGGUCACAGAACGAGGCCCUCUAUUCAUAGUCACGGUAAUUUUGUUUGCAAUUCACGACUCACGAGCUUACUUUGCUUUACAACACACUCGUGGUUAUAAAAUUCAGUAUACUAAGAUACUAGUAGGAUCUAGUAGAGCUCUGUCCCUCAAACUAAACUGCUGCAUUCCCGACAAGCAGCGUUGGAAACAAGGUACACGACGGCAAGAGCGCAUAUACUUGGGGAAACGUGUCGGGCGUGUGAGACUAUUUAAAAACGGGCUAACUCAAAUCGUCUAUAUUUUUCCUUAGCUCAUAUACGCAUGCAUCACUCUGAAACGUUGGUGUGACCCAAUCCAUUCCCAUGGUGCCCUGGGACUCGCAGGAGUUCUCCUCGUCACGCUGUCGGUCGCUGCUGGGUUAGGAUUCUGUGCCUUAUGUGGCAUAACCUUUAAUGCAGCUUCAACGCAGGUAAACGUAAUUUGGAGUAAUUAGUAAACUGGAAUAUUACGCAGCACUCUUUUGGCAGUGGACAAACGAUGCAGUUUAUCUCUGAGACACGUUGUUAUCUUUUUAUUCCUUUUAGGUGUUACCAUUUUUAGCUCUGGGACUGGGCGUGGACGAUAUGUUUUUGCUUGCCCAUUCUUAUUCCACUCUAACACACAGGGGAGAAAUUCGCAGUAAGGUGAGUAUUCAUAUUAAGAAUUGAAACUAAGUUCGAAGCUAAUAAGUGGCUUGAUAAAGCCAAAAUUUGUUCUUUUUCCCUUCCUUAAGAAGCUCCUAAAUGCUUCACCCCUCUAAAAGUAUUUCAGAUUAAAGGAAGCAAAUACAAUCUCCUGAAUGUAAAAGUAAAGUUACCUAUUUUAGUCUUUUGUCACUAAAAAAUAACCUCUUUACUAGAGUGUCAAUUUACUAACUGAGGACAUCAUUUUUACGUCUCCAAUUGGAGAGGGGACCCGCUAUUUCUACACACGUAGUCAUGUUCCGUGCCGUGUCCAGACCUUCAGAUAAGGGGAAGGUGGGGGGAGGGGGGGGGAGGCGAUCAUCCAGUGCCUGAGAUAAGGGAGGCCCCGGGCCCCUCCCCUGAAUCCGCCACUGAUGUUCAAUCGCCGCGCGGAGGUGUAUCUAGGACAGAGGCAACAACUUCUUUCACGGAGGAAAAAACACGGAGUACUGAUCCGGGCCCUGCCGGGGGAGAUCGGACCCACGACCUGUGCAUGGCAAUGCGGUCCAGCGCUCUCCUGACUGAGCUAAUGCUGCCGCGUUUGUAUUAACUUUACAGGACGAAGUAGGCUACUGUCUGGGCACCAUCGGAGUUAGCGUUUUUCUCACAUCGUUCAACAACAUGUUGGCAUUCUUUAUGGCAGCGUUUAUUCGCAUACCAGCUCUUAGACAUUUUGCAAUACAGGUAAAUCAACUUAAAAUGCUCAAUUAUCUAAAAAAUAACAAUAACAAUAGCAAAGACAAACACGACUUUGCAUGUGUAUUCGCGGGCGGGAAGCGCGGGCUCUUUUCAAGAAAAGCGGCUGGCCCAACUCUAUAGAGAGGAGAAGUGUGACGUCACGUUACCAUGGUAGCACUAUUUCUGGAUGACUGCAAAACCAACGGCGACGGCGACGGCGACGGCGACGGCAAGGAGAACGGCAAAAAAUAAUAUGUUUAUAUAAACAAACAACAACUUUGCAGGUGCAUUAGGCUAUUUUGUACAUUUCUUUGCCAUCGGUGCACAACUACGACAUGAAACUUCCGCUUUACUGUGAGCAUUAUGGUCGAGGACAUAGAAUUAUGUAUACUUGCUCCUCAGUUGUGCAACGCUUAAACUUUUAGAAACAUUUUUGUUGGGUUAAAAGCGAAAACAUUAGUAAUUUGAUGAUUCUUAACUGCUCCUUAUAACAAUAUUCUGAUCUUCAUUGAUAGGCCGGUGUUGUUGUUAUAUUCAAUUUUAUUGGAGUCAUCAUCAUUUUUCCCGCUUUGAUCAGUCUGGACAUAAGAAGAAGAAAAGCUCAAAGAUGGGACAUUAUCUGCUGCCAAAAACAGUGAGUUUAUGUUAUCGAACUUCUCUUGCGUUCCUUUUGUCCGCGUCUCGCCACUGCAGUUAAGUCGAUUUGCUAAAUAAGGGCCUGUUUACAUGGAGGUGGGGGACCCCAGGUAGGUGAGGUAACCAGCUUAGGCGGGGUAACCCGCCUGUCCAUACAAUACCUAAUAUUAAUUAAGUCGCGUUUACAUGAUUGGGGGAAUGGCCAUAUGAGACAUUAUAUGGACAGGCUGGUUACGUGUUACCUCGCCUACCUGGGGUCCGCCAACUCUAUGUAAACAAGCCCUAAUACGUUUCGGUGGUACAUUGCAAUAGGUAACAAAAUUGAUAAGACACUUUAAAUUGGUUUUGUCACGGCUGUAGAGUUUUUCGAUAAUUUUGCGAAUCAAUCUCCCUUAUGCGCUAUGGAAUUUAACGUUACUGAAGAAAUUACUUCUAAACGACAAAAUCACAGCUUUUCGUCCAACAAAUACAAUCGUUACGAAAAAAAAAACGAACUUUGAAAAUUUCUUAUUAAGAUAACAAGUUUUCAUUAAUCUACAAUUUCAAUCCGUUUCAAUGUUCUUCAAGUUUUUCCAUCCGUGCCCUAUUUUGGAUUUACAGUGUUAUUUGCACCGUCGUUUAACGUUUUGAGCGGUUAUUUCUAUAUUUCACGUAAUUUGUUGGCAGUUCCUAGUGGUAGAACUUUGAUAAAAUUCGUGAUACCGCUUCUUUAAGGGGCUCAUCAGCGCCCAAAGUUCUCGGGCUUUGCCCAGUGAGGACAGCCUGGAUGAUUUGAUGUAUUUGUGUUGGUAGUGAUUUAGACUUUGGUUUUGUUUUUACAACCACUUGUAUUAAAACAAGAAAUAUUUCUUGCUUACAGGCCACAACAAGAAAAAGUUAGCGUAGACGUAAUAACGGGAGACGAGAUAGCGACGACUAACGGAGUACACAGUGUGAAUAGUAGAACAGAACUCUCGGCUAAUCCUGUCACCCCGCAACCUACCCAAACCAUGGUGAUGACUGUGCCUGCGAAGGACAAAUCCGAUUCGUCUAUCGCCGAAGUUUUAGUCAAUGAGUACGCGAGUAAUGGAGAGAAACAUUCGAAGAAUUCUUAUGGCAGUGAAGCGAGUGUGACAGGUAAAAAAAAUGUUGAUGUUGUUUUGUUUGGAAAUUUCCAAAUAUUGACAAUCGUCUUUUCCGAACAUCUCCGAGGAUUUAUGGCUUUGUCAAGAGUAUCCCCGAACAUCUACGAAUCCAGCCUCGCUUUUCGGGUGGUGUUUGAUGUUGCGGAAACUAUGGGUAGCUAUUGUUUUGUACCCAGAUCUCACUCUGUCUUACGCUGACAAGUGAGAUUUCUCUUUCCAUUGGCCGUCGGAGAUCUGGGUAAUCUUUUGUAUUACGUCAUUUGGUGACUGCACCCAUCCGAGAUUAAAGGACACCCCAGUUUUUUUCAAGCGUUGUAUAGCGCUGUCCACCGCAUAUAUCACAUCCAGCGGAGAAGUAUUGGGGAAAUUAAUUGCUUUAUUUACUAGAAAGAGAUUUAUCCAGUGGAUAGUGUUAUCCACCUUUUCAACACUUAGUCUUUUUGUCAUACUUGAUUAGGUGCCUUUACUUAUUUCCGUUAUUCACUCUCGGCAGCGAUUAUAGCACUAAUGCUAGUUGGGCCGAGCGAAUGCCUGAAACAAAUAUUUUAAAUCAAACAUAAUAGGGUUAAAAAUCCCAACUGGCCGGAAGCAAACCAGUUGGCUUUUGACAAGCGUGGUCGAGGAUUUGAACUCGGAAUACCGAGAACAAAUUAGUUGGCGCUUAGCGUGGGCCUCGGGGCCUCGGAACUGCAAGUCCAGCACUCUAACCGCUCGCCAACGCAGCCUCCGCGCGAACACGAACAAUUGAAUUUGUACCGAUCGAGCGGCGAGUGUGAUUCUUACGAGGGUGGGGAAAAGAAAAGGACGCCCUCAACUGAGUUACACUUUACUCUCACGGAUUCUCGCUCCUCGUGCUCGUGCUUCCCCAAACUGUCGGUUUUUUAAGCAAGAAUUUUUAAUAUUUAAACUGAAAUCCCUUGCAACACAGGAAAUCACGUGAAUUCUACAGCAAUGGAGAUGCCUCAUCCGGUAACAAGAAGAAACAACGGUAACAGCGGAAAAAGUAGUGCUGCGCGUUGUGGUCGCUUCUUACUUCUGGAGUACUUUGCCACUACUUAUUACGGACCAUUCCUGCGGGAGAAUCCAGUCAAGGUAAAUAAGUCCAUUAUUUUGUGCAUUAUACACUUCUUGGUAACAGUCAGCCUAGUCCCUAAUCGUUCUCUGCUCGAUCAAUCCUGGAUUCUACACGCGGAGCUGUGACGUCACCGAGAGAGAUUCGCCCGCUCUUUCCCAGACUUCGCGCGGACAAUGGGUCAAGAGAGAAUACCUGGGGACUAGGCUGGGUAACAUUAUUAUCUUGGGCUAGUCUUGUAAAGGUCGAUUACCAGCCGCUGUUCGAGAAAUGAGUCCACGCUCCUUUUUUUCUCAUCCCCAAAAGAGUGGCGAAGUCGAACCUAGUCUAAAGAGCGUGACUCUCUAAAAACUAAUUUCACCUUAAUAAAUUUUAUCAUUCUGGUUAUUUUUCCAGAGUUUUGAUUGGUCUUGAGACGAUAACGUACGUAAUUGCACAUAACUGCUUACGGACAAUGGUCUGCUUUGCGCCGUAGAGAACAUUUAUUUAGCUGCGUUCAGUCAAUCCUCUGACCUUGCGCAUUUGGAUUCCUGUCUUCCAGAGACAAUGGCGACUCUUCAUACCCUCGUUUUCGCAGACCACCGAUUGCCUCUGUUUUCGGCCUCGGCAAACCAUUGAUCUGCUUGUCGCUGAUAUAUUACGAUAUUUUGCUUUCCCUUUUGUGAAAGCCUUCUCUGAUUCCACCUUGUUUUUUUAUACUUACACUACAGAUUGCACUACACCCGCCCCCGUCUCUUGACAAAGCUUUUGACAAUCCUACAUUGUCGAACCAAUCAAAAUACAAGAUGUUUUGAAUACGGAGUCGUACGAAAAUUGCACAAAUCUGUCGCCAAAAUAUCAUGGAUUCUGGUUGGUUUGAGUGUGUUUGCAUCUUGCUAUCUUCACGUAGGGAAGUUUAUUCUCCCUGACCCUUAAAAGAAGUUAGAAAAAAUCAACUUCUUGUAACGCCGCCUUUUGUUUUCACAAUUGUUUUCUGUUACUCCUUUCAAGGUUGCUGUGUUGAUUCUUUUUGUUGGUCUGCUCGCUGUUGGAAUUUACGGCUCGUUUCAAGUUGAAGACGGUUUAGAGCUCACUGAAGUAGUACCUCAAGGCAGUGUCGCCCAUCAAUUUGUAGAAGCGCAGUUUAAGUACUUCUCAUUUUAUCCGAUGUCGCUCAUUACUCAAGAAGGAUUUGACUACGCUAAUCGACAGAAGACUCUCUACUCUUAUCAUGAAGCUUUCAAAAAGGUUACUUAUCACUUCAUUUACAUUUUUCUUGUGAAGGCAAUUUUUUAACCUUAGUGUGUAGAGCAUGCGAAAAAUAGUAUUAUAGAUAUAGUGCAGAAUAACCAAGGACGGGCUGCCUCGUUUACGGGGUAGGGAUGAAUAACUUGGGGAAGAUCCACAUUUUAUAGGGGGGAGGGGCUAUAGAAGACCCUAUCUGUCCUAUGAGUGGCGUGCGCACGGCCCCUCCCUCCCCUCCUGAUUUAUUUUUUGCGUGCCACUGGGGCAGCUGUAGACAGGCUAUCUCUAAUAGACAUUUUUGAUGGUUAAAAGUGACAACGAGGUAAAAUAAAGAUCAACAGGGGUUAGAUUUGGCCUUAUACUUCUAAAGCCGUCUCCUUGCCUUAAUCUGAGAUCAUUCGCCUUUUUAUAUUAUCUGACAGUCUGAGAAGUAUUCCGAAAACAAGGCAAACAUUUUAGGUAGUUGCUCUAUGACCCAAAACAGAUACACCUAAUUGCAAUAAGGUUGUCAUUGAAAAAAGCAAAAAGCCAAAUAGGAAUUAAUUAGCAUUAAAUUAUCAUUGCUUGCAACAUUCACAACACACACGCUUAUAGCUGAAUAUUAAUCACGUAAUAUGAAAGCCAAAUCAUUUGCAUCAGUUUCUUGGUGUCAUUCGAAUGCAAUUCGAGGCUGAUUCAUCUAGCGGAUUUCAAAGGUGCUCUAAUUACAAACGUACAACUACUGAAGAAAAAAUGGCUCCAUUGUUUUUCAAUAAAUAUAGCCUGGGGUAAAUUCCAGGAACGCGAUGCGUCUCUUCGUUUAAUGCUAAAUAGAAAAGCCAGUCUGCGUAUGGUUUGUUGUGCACAACACUAUCAGAUCACAAUUUUCAAGCAACAAAUCAGGGGUGUAGGCAGGACUUUCCAUCGCGGAGAGGGUGAGGCGUUCCUCCGCCAGUUCCUCUCCCGCGCCACAAACCAAGCCUCGUUUGUCAGGACCCUUUUGUUACACACAUCAGUGUUUCAUGUGCGAAAUCUUACAGCGCGGAAUUACAGAAUUAUUUCUUGUUAUUGUGAAUGACUUCUUAAAUAAUUGUUAAAUUAUUAAAAUACGCAAAUGUAAAUCACAUGUCUAAUUAAUUCCUAUUUGGUUUUCUGCUUUUUGCUUUUUGCUUUUUGCUUUUUUCUAUGACAACGUUAUUGCAAUUAGGUGUAUCCUUUGUCAAUAGUUAAAGUAACAUCUCGCAUUUGCUUUGAGUUGCAACUAUAGGUGCUAAAUUGCGUCUUGUGUUUCUUUGUGUCAUAGAUUCCCAAUAUAAUCAGAAUUCCUGACUCAGAAGAAAUUCCCAAAUUUUGGAUGAUGUACUUUAGAGAUUGGUUGCGAGGUAAGGAGCUUUAUUGGACUUUAAAAAAUGUAACUGCUCCGCGUACCGGGCUGUUUUUCACGCUGGCCGAAAAUCUGCAAAUCGUCAGGAGCGCCAUACGCAACCUACUUCCAUCCACGAACUUGCGAAACAGUUUCGGUCUUUAACAGUAAGUUCCAAUAAUACGUAGUAACAGUGAGAUCCUGGCGAGUACAUUUUGACAAUGAAGUUCAGUUAGCCUGCUAGCGAGCUCUCGGGGGAGAGAUUAGGGAGAAAAUGAGAGCUCUCUCCAUCCCAGUCAUUUAAUCUGCAAAGAUUCAGUUUCCUUGAACAACAUAACCUUAUGUUUCUUUUAGAUCUCUAAUAAAUGUGAUUUUAUUUUCUAGAUAUUCAAACAGCGUUCAAUCAAGAAUGGGCUAAUAAGACCAUAACAUAUUCUGGCUGGAAAGAAAAUGCUACAGACAACGGAGUCAUCGCGUUUAAACUGCUCUCUCAGACUGGAAACGGAGAUGAAAUCGAUAGAUCAAAGGUAAUCUGUACGACAGUAUGACAGUAAGAAAAAUAUUUUCUUCACAAGGCCAAUAGUGUUUCCUUUUCGUCAGUGUCAACAUAAAAAUAAACACAAUCGAAGAAAUUCUGCAAGCGCUCUUUCUGAAAAUGGUCCAUACAAUCCGCUUGACUGGUAUAGUCUCUAGUUCUUUUGGCUGAGCUUUUAACCCCUUUUUUAUAUAAUGGAUUUUAUUUAAGCUCCGAGCGCCUGAGUUGACAAAAUUGUUCUCAGACUGAGUGAAAUUAACGGAACGCACAUGAUUUAGCUUGGCUUGCUUUAUUUUUUUCAUCUCACCUUAACGCUGUUUCCACUAGCAAAAAUUUCACUGUGUUCGUUAGAGGAGGCAGGCUAGCCCAUUUUGCCUAGGCGGACCCUGUAUGCUUCCGAGCGCGUUUAGCAUCAUGGCGGUUUAUAUUAUUUGCCUUAUUUUUAGAAACCAAUUUCUGACUAUCGAAAGGUAAUGAUGAAGAAAAGAAAAUUGUAUGCAUUACAUUGUAAUAAUGUCUUGGCACUCUGUGACGUGCAGAAUUUCAAUCCGCUAACCAAGAUGAACGAAAGACAAAAUUCUCCCUACUAUCCAAGAUAAUGGUCCCAUCGUUCUCACUUGAGAGGGCCUAAAACUCGAAUUCCUGUCUUAUUAUUUCACAGGUUCGAAAUUAUACACUAGUAAGUGAUGAUGGAGUAAUUCGGCCUGAAAUAUUUUACAAGGCUCUUACUCUUUGGGUGGACAGGGAUGUGUUGGGAUACGCAUUUUCACAGGUUUGUUGAAUGUAACUUUUUCAAGACACUGUUUCUGUCUGUAACAUUCACAUUGGUCGCUCUGUAAAAUUUCUCGAUGGCAAAAGCUAAUUAACAAGCUCUGUAUUAUUGUUAUUGUUGUAGGCUAGCAUUAAGCCAGAAACCGUUGAUUGGUCUAACGUGCGGUCUCCUCAAGAUGAUGCCGCGAUGCAAGGUGAUUAAAAUUAGUAUAUGCCAGAAUGCGUCUAUCGCGCACCAGUGACGCAAAGGCGCCCGCCGGCUCAUAGCGACGAGAAGCUCUGGACGACGAGAAUGAAUCCUCGAGAAGCCUCAACUGACUGUCGCUUCAACCUUACCUGGUCCUUGCACGGCGUUUUCCCAGGCCUUCUCGGUCAAUUCAGUUCGGUGACGUAUCCGAGGCGAACGGGCGGGAAACGCCUCACUUCUUCGCUUGGACCACGUGACCCGAAACGAAUUGGCCGCGCAGAAUGAUGAGGCCUAGGGACUAGGCAAGCUUCAACCUCUUUUCUUGCGUCUUUCCUUAGAAAAAGGAGAGAACAGCCAUCUUAGGAACCAGGCUGCGAUUACUUCACCCCCACCCCACCCCCCACCAACUGUUCCACUAAUUCACUGCUCUUCCCUAUGGAGGAGACAUUUUGUUUAAACUUUUCCCCUGUCCUUCUUUUAUUUCAGUUCCGACUGCGAAACCAAUCACAUUCGCUAAGAUCAACUUUAAUGUGAUUGGCCUCAAGGAAACCAAGGACUUUGUGGCACUGAUCAAGGUACUGUUUAUCUAAGGACUCAAAUGUAUUUCCAUUAAACGAAGAUAACUUCAUGAUAAGUUAGCGCAAACUCAUUAAAGGCACAUAAAUGAUCUUAACCAAGAAAAGUGAAGUGCUUUCUAUCCCAGACUCUCUAAGUUCUCUCUCUAUUGGUUAUGGUGCAAUUCACCCCUUAAAAAAUCUGCAGGGAUGCCAGAUAAACUUCACAUGAUACGUUUAAUCUACAAGGGUUGUGCCAUACAAUCUCGCUUCAAUCUGUAUUAAAACUGCGUUCUACUUUUACGUUACUUUUGCCGAACGCACUUAUCGCCGAUAUUAAAAACUCAACAGUAAAGUAAAAUUUGGGAAAUGCGCAUGGUACGUGUUUGUCUUAACACUUUCCAAAAUAAUUGUGCAAUGUUCUUUAAACUCCUGCAGAAUGUUCGAGAAAUCUGCGACAGAUUCUCAGCCGAUGACCUUCCAAACUAUCCUAGUGGUGUUCCGUUCACAUUCUGGGAGCAGUACAUCUGGCUAAGGAGGCAAAUCUAUAUCGCCAUUUCCAUUGCUCUGGCUGUCAGCUUUGUAGUUAUGGCGGUAAUGCUGUUCAACUAACGGAGUACACAGUGUGAAUAGUAGAACAGAACUCUCGGCUAAUCCUGUCACCCCGCAACCUACCCAAACCAUGGUGAUGACUGUGCCUGCGAAGGACAAAUCCGAUUCGUCUAUCGCCGAAGUUUUAUUCAAUGAGUACGCGAGUAAUGGAGAGAAACAGUCGAAGAAUUCUUAUGGCAGUGAAGCGAGUGUGACAGGUAAAAAAAAUGUUGAUGUUGUUUUGUUUGGAAAUUUCCAAAUAUUGACAAUCGUCUUUUCCGAACAUCUCCGAGGAUUUAUGGGUUUGUCAAGAGUAUCCCCGAACAUCUACGAAUCCAGCCUCGCUUUUCGGGUGGUGUUUGAUGUUGCGGAAACUAUGAGUAGCCAUUGUUUUGUACCCAGAUCUCACUCUUUCUUGCGCUGAAAAGUGAGAUCUCUCUUUCCCUUGGCCGUUGGAGAUCUGGGUAAUCUUUUGUAUUACGUCAUUUGGUGACUGCACCCAUCCGAGAUUAAAGGGGAACCCAGUUUUUUCAAGCGUUGUAUAGCGCUCUCCAGCGCAUAAAUCAUAUCCAGCGGAGAAGUAUUGGGGAAAUUAAUUGCUUUAUCCACUAGAAAGAGAUUUCCCCAGUGGAUAGUGUUAUCCACUUUUUGAACACUUGGGCCCUGAAAGAUUGCAGCGCUUUUUGUACUUGAUUAGGUGCCUUUAUUUAUUUCCGUUAAUCACCCUCUGCAGUGAUUAUAGCACUAAUACCAGUGGGGCCGAGCAAAUGCCUGAAACAAAUAUUUUGAAUCAAACAUAAUAGGGUUAAGAAUCCCAACUGGCCGGAGGCAAACCAGUUGGUUUUUGACAAGCGUGGUCAAGGAUUUGAACUCGGAAUACCGAGAAUAAAUCAGUUUGCGGUCCGCGUGGGCCUCGGGGCCUCGGAACUGCAAGUCCAGCACUCUAACCGAUCGGCCACGUUGCCUUCGCGAGAACACGAAGAACUGAAUUUGUACCGAUCGAGCGGCGAGUGUGAUUCGUACGAGGGCGGGGAAAGGAAAAGGACGCCCUCAACUGAGUUACACUUUACUCUCGAUUCUCGCUCCUCGUGCGCGUGCUUUGCCAAACUGUCGGUUUUUUAAGCAAAAAUUUUUAAUAUUUAAACUGAAAUCACUUACAACACAGGAAAUCACGUGAAUUCUACAGCAAUGGAGAUGCCUCAUCCGGUAACAACAAGAAACAAAGGUAACAGCGGAAAAAGUAGUGCUGCGCGUUGUGGUCGCUUCUUACUUCUGGAGUACUUUGCCACUACGUAUUAUGGACCAUUCCUGCAGGAGAAUCCAGUCAAGGUAAAUAAGUCCAUUAUUUUGUGCAGUAUGCACUUCUUGGUAACAGUCAGGCUAGUCCCUAACCGUUCUCUGCUCGGUCAAUCCUGGACUCAACACCGUGAGUUGUGACGUCACCGAGAGAGACUCGCCCACUCUUUCUCAGACUUCGCGCAGACAAUGGGUCCAGAGAGAAUGCCUGGGGACUAGACUGGGUAACAGUAUUAUCUUGGGCUAGUCUUUUUAAGGCUCGAUUACCAGCUGCAGUUAAGAAAUGAGUCCAUGCUCCUUUUCCCCGAAAGAGUGGCGGAAAUCGAACCUAGUCUAAAAAUAGCGUGACUUUCUAAAAACUGAUUUCACCUUAAUAAAUGUUAUCAUUCUGGUUAUUUUUCCAGAGUUUUGAUUGGUCUUGAGACGAUUACGUACGUAAUUGCACAUAACUGCUUACGGACAAUGGUCUGCUCUUUCGCAGUAGAGAAAAUUUAUUUUGCUGCGUUCUGUAAAUCCUCUGGCCAUGCGCAUUUGGAUUCCUGUCUUCCAGAGACAAUGGGGACUCUUUAUACCCUCAAUAAGUAAAACGAAACAAAAUAAAACAAAACGAUCGUUUUCGCAAACCACUGAUUGCCUCUGUUUUCGGCCUCGGCAAACCAUUGAUUUUUGGUUUGCUUGUCGCUGAUAUAUUACCAUAUUUUGCUUUCCCUUUUGUGCAAGCCCUCUCUGAUUGACGCCUUGUUUUUUUAAACUUACAAUGCAGAUCGCAUUCCCCCCCUCCCCCGCCUCUUGACAAAGCUUUUGACAAUCAUACAUUGUCGAACCAAUCAAAAUACAAGAUGUUUUGAAUGCGGAGUCGUAAGAACAUUGCACAAAUCUGUCGCCAAAAUAUCAUGGAUUCUGGUUGGUUUGAGUGUGUUUGCAUCUUGCUAUCUUUACGUAGGGAAGUUUAUUCUCCCUGACCCUUAAAAGAAGUUAGAAAAUUUCAAAUCAACCUCUUGUAAGGCCGCCUUUUGUUUUCACAAUUGUUUUCUGUUACUCCUUUCAAGGUUGCUGUGUUGAUUCUUUUUGCUGGUCUGCUCGCUGUUGGAAUUUACGGCUCGUUUCAAGUCGAAGACGGUUUAGAGCUCACUGAAGUAGUACCUCAAGGCAGUGUCGCCCAUCAAUUUGUAGAAGCACAGUUUAAGUACUUCUCGUUUUAUCCGAUGUCGCUCAUUACUCAAGAAGGAUUUGACUAUGCUAAUCGACAGAAGACUCUCUACUCUUAUCAUGAAGCUUUCAAAGAGGUUAGUUAUCACUUCAUUUACAUUUAUCUUGUUGAAGGCAGUUUUUUAACCUUAGUAUGUAGAGCAUGCGAACAAUAGUACUAUAGAUAUAGUGUAGAAUAACCAAGGACGGGCUGCCUCGUUUAGGGGGAAGGGAUGAAUAACUAGGGGAAGAUCCACAUUUUAUAGGGGGGAGGGGCUAUAGAAGACCCUAUCUGUCCUAUGAGUAGCGUGCGCACGGCCCCUCCCUCCCCUCCUGAUUUAUUUUUUGCCUGCGACUGGGACAGCUGUAGACAGGCUAUCUCUAAUAGACAUUUUUGAUGGUUAAAAGUGACAAUGAGGUAAAAUAAAGAUUAACAGGGGUUUAAUUUGGCCCUAUACUUCUAAACCCGACUCCUUGCCUUAGUUUGAGAUUAUUCGCCUUUUUAUAUUAUCUGACAGUCUGAGAAGUAUUCCGAAAACAAGGCAAACAUUUUAGGUAGUUGCUCUAGACCCAAAACAGAUAUCCUUUGUCAGUAGUUAAAGGAACAUCUCGUAUUUGCUUUGAGUUACAACUAGGUACUAAAUUGCGUCUUGUGCUUCUUUGUGUCAUAGAUUCCCAAUAUAAUCAGAAUUCCUGACUCAGAAGAAAUUCCUAAAUUUUGGAUGAUGUACUUUAGAGAUUGGCUGCGAGGUAAGGAGCUUUAUUGGACUUAAAAAAAUGCAACUGCUCCGCAUACCGGGCUGAUUUUCACGCUGGCCGAAAAUCUGCAAAUCGUCAGGAGCGCCAUAGGCAACCUACUUCCAUCCACGAACUUGCGAAACAGUUUCGGUCUUUAACAGUAAGUUCCAAUAAUACGUAGUAACAGUGAGAUCCUGGCGAGUACAUUUUGACAAUGACGUUCAGUUAGCCUGCUAGCGAGCUCUCGGGGGAGAGAUUAGGGAGAAAAUGAGAGCUCUCUCCAUCCCAGUCAUUUAAUCUGGAAAGAUUCAGUUUCCUUGAACAACAUAACCUUAUGUUUCUUUCAGAUCUCUAAUAAAUGUGAUGUUAUCUCCUAGAUAUUCAAACAGCGUUCAAUCAAGAAUGGGCUAAUAAGACCAUAACAUACUCUGGCUGGAAAGAAAAUGCUACAGACAACGGGGUCAUCGCGUUUAAACUGCUCUCUCAGACUGGAAACGGAGAUGAAAUCGAUAGAUCAAAGGUAAUCUGUUAAUAUGACAGUAAGAAAAGUAUUUUCUUCACAAGGCCAAUAGUGUUUCCUUCUCGUCAGUGUCGACAUAAAAAUAAACACAAUCGAAGAAAUUCUGCAAGCGCUCUUUCUGAGAAUGGUCCAUACAAUACGCUGGACUGGUAUGGUCUCUAGUUCUUUUGGCUGAGCUUUUAACACUUUUUCAUAUAAUGGGUUUUAUUUAAGCUCCGAGCGCCUGAGUUGACAGAAUUGUUCUCAGAUUGAGUGAAAUUAACGGAACGCACAUGAUUUAGCUUGGCUUGCUUGAUUUCUUUCAUCUCACCUUAACGCUAUUUCCACUACAAAAAUAUCACUGUGUUCAUUAGAGGAGGCAGGCCAGCCCAUUUUGCACAGGCAGACCCUGUAGGCUUCCAAGCGCGUUUAGCAUCAUGGCAGCUUAUAUUUGCUUACUUUUAAAAAACGAUUUCUGAUUAUCGAAAGGUAAUGAUGAAAGAAUUUUCAGAGUCGCAGAGAAGAAAAUCGUAUGCAUUAAUAAUGUCUUGGCACUCUGUGACCUGCACAAUUACAAACCGCAAACCAAGAUUAACGAAAGACAAAAUUCUCCCUACUAUCCAAGAUAAUGGUCCAAUUGCUCUCACUUAUUAUCUUAUUAUUUCACAGGUUCGAAAUUAUACACUAGUAAGUGAUGAUGGAGUUAUUCGGCCUGAAAUAUUUUACAAAGCUCUAACUCUUUGGGUGGACAGGGAUGUGUUGGGAUAUGCAUUUUCACAGGUUUGUUGAAUGUAACUUUUUCAAGUCACUAUUUCUGUCUGUACCAUUCACAUUGAUCGCUCUGUAAAAUUUCUCGAUGGCAAAAGCUAAUUAACAAGCUCUGUAUUAUUGUUAUUGUUGUAGGCUAACAUUAAACCAGAAACCGUUGACUGGUCUAACGUAAGGUCUCCUCAAGAUUAUGCCGCGAUACAAGGUGAUUAAAAUUAGUAUAUGCAAGAGUGUGUACAUCGUGCACCAGUGACGAGAAGGCCCCAGCCGGCUCAUAGCGACGAGAAGCUAUGGGAGACGAGAAUGUCUCCUUGAUAAGCCUCAACUGACUGUCGCUUCAACCUUACCUAGUCCUUGCACGGCGUUUUUUCCAUGCCUUCUCGUCCAAUUUACUUCGGUGACGUAUCCGAGGCGAACGGGCGGGAAACGCCUCCCUUUUUCGCUUGGACCACGUGGUCCGAAACGAACUGGACGCGCGGAAUAAUGAGGCCUAAGGACUAGGCAAGCUUCAUCCUCUUUUCUUGCGUCUUUCCUUAGGAAAAGGAAAGAGUAGAAACCUUAGGAACGAGGCUGGGAUUACUCCGCCCACCCCCCACCAACUGUUCCACCAUUUUACUACUCUUCCCUUUGGAGGAGACCUUUUGUUUAAACUUUUCCCCUGUCUUACUGUUAUUUCAGUUCCGACUGCGAAACCAAUCACAUUCGCUAAGAUCAACUUUAAUGUGAUUGGCCUCAAGGAAACCAAGGACUUUGUGGCACUGAUCAAGGUACUGUUUAUCUAAGGACUCAAAUAUUUUUCCAUUAAACGAAGAUAACUUCAUGAUAAGUUAGCGCAAACUCAUUAAAGGCACAUAAAUGACCUUAACCAAGAAAAGUGAAGUGCCUUCUAUCCCAGACUGUCCUAAUUCUCUCUCUAUUGAUUAUGGUGCCAUUCAUCCCUUGAAAAAUCUGCAGGGAUGCCAGAUAAACCUCAUAAAAAUGGUUUAAUCAACUGGGGUUGUCCAAUACUGCCUCGCUUCAGUUUGUAAUAGAACUGCGUUCUACUACGUCGAACGCUUUUUUCACCGAUAUUGAGAACUCAACAGUAAAGAGAACUUGGAGCUAAGAUGCAACAGGGAAAUGUGCAUGGUGUUUGUUUUAACACUUUCCAAAAUAACUGUGUAAUGUUUUUCUGCAGAAUGUUCGAGAAAUUUGCGACAGAUUCUCAGCCGAUGGCCUUCCAAACUAUCCUAGUGGUGUUCCGUUCACAUUCUGGGAGCAGUACAUCUGGCUAAGGAGGCAAAUCUAUAUCGCCAUUUCCAUUGCUCUGGCUGUCAGCUUUGUAGUUAUGGCGGUAAUGCUGUUCAACAUCUGGGCAGCGGCGCUUAUAACUCUCGUUCUGUUGAUGAUCACAGUAGAGAUGUAUGGCUUUAUGGGUUUGGCUGGGAUCAACCUUAGUGCUGUACCAGCGGUUACACUCAUUCUUUCGGUUGGAGUGGGUGUAGAAUUUACUGUUCAUAUGUGCUUGGUAAGUCCUUUAAAAUUGUCAGAUUAAGGUUUGACUGUUUUCAAUGGAUUUUAAUUUCAAAGGCUGCCCAAAGGUCCUUUAGUCUAAAAGAUAAAACCUCGCACAGCAUCUUGAAUAAAUAGCGCAAUAGGAAAGUACUGCUUAGUUGCAAAAUCAAUUUAGAUUCAAUUUUUGCGUUGCGGCGACAAAAUUCCUUUGUAGAGGCAAAGAUUUUUAUACGAAGCGAUUUAUUUUGUCGCUGCGACGUGUCGCGCAACUUGUCGCCCGACCUGUACACAAGACGUGAUUUUGCAGCGAUAUGUCACCUUGUGCAGCCUCGCUCCCAGUCGUCACCUAUCAAGCUUGUCAGGAGAAUUCGCGUAAUCGCGCUCGGUUCCAAGCCUCCUCCGCUCGGUGCGUACGGGCCCGGGGACGAGGUUGCGCCUAGUGUCCUCCAGUCUAAUGAUCUUGGUUUUCAUUACUCAGUGACACCCCAUCCACUUUAAAUCCCGUAAUCAGUUUUUUCUUUUUGACUGUUUCUUUCGCGAAUUUCUCGAAAACAAAAUUUAUUUUUAAUUUUUCCUUCAAUAACCUUCAUCCCUGACCAUUUUCAGGCCUUCCUACACACGCUUGGAAACAGAAACGAAAGAAUGCAGAAGGCCAUUGAACACGUGUUUGUACCCAUCGUGGAUGGUGCUAUUUCCACUUUUCUGGGCGUGGUGAUGCUGGCAGGUUCCCCUUUUCAGUUUAUAGUCAGGUAAGAAAGUUCUUCAGCGAUAAUCUGACGCGGCCUUAUCAUGAAAAUUAUCGCAGAAUUUGUUUACCAGAUUAAAUUUGCCGAAUUUAAAUUUUAACUGUGCCGGCGACACCAAAAAACCAUGGCGUUGCCUCUGUGGCCAUCUUAGGUCUCUUACGUCGGUUUUGUUGUAUGAUUUUUGUCAAGUAUUAUCUCAAAUACGAGGAGGAGUGUUUCAUGCGAUUUUUCCAAAGCUUAGAAAAAACAUGUCAAACACGAGGUGGAGUGUUUCAUCUGAUAUACAAUCACUGAGAAGUAUUACAUCAAACGCGAGCAGUAUUUUAUCUUAGAUCCAAACACCUACAAGUCAUAUAACUAACGCGAGAGUGUUUCAGGAGAACUUAGCCAAUAUCCAAACACNGUAAGUCCUUUAAAAUUGUCAGAUUAAGGUUUGACUGUUUUCAAUGGAUUUUAAUUUCAAAGGCUGCCCAAAGGUCCUUUAGUCUAAAAGAUAAAACCUCGCACAGCAUCUUGAAUAAAUACCGCAAUAGGAAAGUACUGCUUAGUAGCAAAAUCAAUUUAGAUUCAAUUUUUGCGACGCGUUGCGGCGACAAAAUUCCUUUGCAGAGGCAAAGAUUUUUAUACGAAGCGAUUUAUUUUGUCGCUGCGACGUGUCGCGCAACUUGUCGCCCGACCUGUACACAAGACGGGAUUUGUCGCCUCGACGCGUUGCAGCGACAUGUCACCUUGUGCAGCCUCGUUCUCAGUCGUCACCUAUCAAGCUUGUCAGGAGAAUUCGCGUAAUCGCGCUCGGUUCCAAGCCUCCUCCGCUCGGUGCGUACGGGCCCGGGGACGGGGCUGCGCCUAGUGUCCUCCAGUCAAAUGAUCUUGGUUUUCAUUACUCAGUGACACCCCAUCCACUUUAAAUCCCGUAAUCAGUUUUUUCUUUUUGACCGUUUCUUUCGCGAAUUUCUCGAAAACAAAAUUUAUUUUUAAUUUUUCCUUCAAUGACCUCCAUCCCUGACCAUUUUCAGGCCUUCCUACACACGCUUGGAAACAGAAACGAAAGAAUGCAGAAGGCCAUUGAACACGUGUUUGUACCCAUCGUGGAUGGUGCUAUUUCCACUUUUCUGGGCGUGGUGAUGCUGGCAGGUUCCCCCUUUCAGUUUAUAGUCAGGUAAGAAAGUUCUUCAGCGAUAAUCUGACGCGGCCUUAUCAUGAAAAUUAUCGCAGAAUUUGUUUACCAGAUUAAAUUUGCCGAAUUUAAAUUUUAACUGUGCCGGCGACGCCAAAAAACCAUGGCGUUGCCUCUGUGGCCAUCUUAGGUCUGUUACGUCGGUUUUGUUGUAUGAUUUUUGUCAAGUAUUAUCUCAAACACGAGGAGGAGUGUUUCAUGCGAUGUUUCCAAACACUUAGAAAAAAUAUAUCAAACACGAGGUGGAGUGUUUCAUCUGAUAUACAAUCACUGAGAAGUAUUACAUCAAACGCGAGCAGUAUUUUAUCUUAGAUCCAAACACCUACAAGUCAUAUAACUAACGCGAGAGUGUUUCAGGAGAACCUAGCCAAUAUCCAAACACCGCAAGAGAUUAUACUUAUAUCAAACUCGGGAAGGAAUGUACCAGCAGAUAUGCAACAACUCCCCCUCCCCUCAAAAUGUGGGCAGAAAUAAACGAGUCUUUUUAAAUAAUCUAUCCUCAAGGUAACUCAACAUAGUUAUAAAGAAACACUUUCCAAGGUGUUCAGAUGAAGCUUCUGAACUGAGCAGUUUUUGGUCAAACGCAAGCAUAAUUUUGUAAUAAUUAAUUGUAAUAAUUAGGAUCCAACCAGCCUCGUUCCCAGUCGUCGUCGGCGAUUUCGGAUGUGACGUCACCUGUCAAGCUUGGGAAAGUUCGCUAUCGCACUCGGUUCCAAGCCUCCUCUGGUAACUCGGAUAGCGCGAACUGGCCUAGGUACGAGGCUGGGAUCCGACAUUGUUUUCUUGUCAAACUUCAAUGGUGAUGUCGCAUAAUUUUUCUCCUUUUCAGGUAUUUCUUUAACCUCCUCGUGGCCCUUAUUUUGAUUGGUACAUUUAAUGGCCUCCUUUUCCUACCUGUUCUUCUUUCUAUCGUUGGACCCGGAGCAGUGGUAAGUAAUAAACCCAAGGAGACGCAUUGUUUUCAACUAUAUGGGACCGUACCAUAAGGAACGUAUACCUCUUUUUCUUACUGCGUAUGCGUUCUGUGCUUCCAUGAAGAAAGGUGUCUUCAAAUACACGCUUUAUAUCACGUAACUGUUAGCAAACGUUAAUCUAGACCGAAGAUGGUUUUACUUUAUGGUUCGCAAGCGCUGCGCGCUGCCUUUUAAUGUCGCGUCGCUUCUAAAAGGACAACUAACGAAGUUAAAAAAUAUAUAGUCGCUUCCUGCGUGCAAUGUGGUAUAGCAUCAAAGCGUCUUUUCCCUUACAUUCUACUCGAAUGGUCUUACAAAGCGAGGGGCCCCUAAGAGAGAACAGGUCAUUUCUGGGUAACCCAAAGCCUCGGUGUCAAAGCGAGGCUAAGUACAAAGCCACUGAUAGGAAAAUGAUUUCUUAUUCUCAUGCCAAUGAACCUCGCCAGAAAGGAUUAGGACUUAUAGCCUCGUUUUGAAAAUUUUUUUGGUACUCGGAGAUAAUCAAGAUUUUUGCCAAGUGACCUACUGUACAUGGAGGCUAACUUUCGUUUUUUUUUUUUUAGGCACAGGAAAUUAACACCCCCGAUGCCAAUGACUCUAUUGCUUCUCAAAACAAAGCCAUGGAUGCCUCGUCUGCUGAAUCAGCCAUUAAUUCUCUGGAAGGUGAACAAAAUGAAAUGGGGGUAAUCAAGAAGGAUGAGAAUAAGCUCAGGGAUCAUAGCCCGACAGUGGGAAGGACGGUUAUGAACGUUAAACACGGCUCUCAAGUAGAGCCAGCUGAAAAUGAUCCAAGGGGCGCAAGCAGAGGAACUAGUGAUGAUCUAAAUGCAAAAGCCAUGAAUAUUAAACGUUAAUUUACACGUAUUGAAACUUGCCUGAUGCAAGACUACAACGAAGCACCCGAAAACAGAGCCCUCUCUAGUCGUCUUGAUUAAAGGCGAGAAAAAAAAGGCUCUGCUUGAAUCGACUCGCCGCAACCCGAACGUCUGGACUAGUCAAUCUUGUUUUCUUUCGUCAAACUGUUUUUUCGUGCGCGAGCAUCCAUUUAUUAUUAAACCAA